CCGCGCGAAGCCCCCCCUGCGCCGCCUCCGAGGGACGAGCGAGAGAGAGGACGAGAGCAGCUCCUUCUCGUCGCCGCCGGGCCCUAUUUCCUCCCUUUUUUCCUCCUUUUCCAUGAAUUCUCUUACGUAAGCGUGCCAGAAAUUCCUGACCAUGGAUGGGCAGUCUGGGGGAGAUGACAACCGAGGGGGAGAGAGCUGGCGAGGCGGCAGGACAUAUGAUGCCACAAACCAGAUCAAACAGCUCUUAGGAGUUCCGACUGAGGAUUUGGGAAAGCCCAUUGUGGAUGCAGAACGCCGCACUCCCCCACAAAAUAUUCCAAGGAACAGACAGGGACAGAUUAUGAAUGAACACCAUGACAGAUCAGGCAGCCCGUCCAGCAGGCAGCACUGGGAUAAUCACAGAUCUCAAGAUGGGAGGCACCGGUCAGACAGUUAUGGCAGCCCGGGUAGAAAUAAUCCACGACACAGCAACCAUGACCCGUACCGGCCACCACCCAACAGAUAUUACGAUGCCCGACGCCAGCCCGACAACUAUGGAAGUCCCGGGCGGAACAACCACCACAGACAAGGGAGCUACGACCGAAUAUACGGAGGUAGCCCAAGAAACCACCAUCAGUACCACCACCAGUACUCACAUAGAGGGAUGCCCAAAGACCAUAAAGACUUGCGCAUGAAUGGCCCCAGACACAUGGGAAAUGCGGGGCCAGGCCAGGGGGGCAUGCAGGAGGUGGAGAGUCCAGAUUACAGACCUAGCCCCGAGGUGUUGGCUGAACUUCAGGAACAGUUUUUAUUCCCCUUGAAAAAGAAAUCGAUCAGAUUUCCGAAGGCCAAAUACUUCUGCAGAUUAUGUGAUUAUCACUGUGAUUCCUUGAUUGUGUGCAGGAGACAUAUUGCAGAUGCAAGGCACAGGAAACUCAAAGAGGCUAAAGACGUGGAGACUACUCUGAAGAAUGUGCCAUCCCCAAUUGAAGCACAGGUAGCUGCCGUAGAAAAGCUGAUCUUGGAGAUAGUAGAAGAGGUGAAAGUGACUCCAGAUAUGAUGUCUACCAGAAAAGAGGUCGUGAAGGAACUUAACAAGUUGCUAGCGGCCAAAGUGGAAGGGUGCAGAUUAGAGAUGGUGGGAUCAUCUGUGAGUGGGUUCUGCAUGAAAACAAGUGAUAUCAACAUAGAUGUAGUAAUGGACGAGAACCUUAAUCCUUCCAUUGCCCUUUUGGCAGUAAGGGAGUUGGUUCGAAAAAAUGACUUGUACACAGAUGUUUUAGAUGAUCUGACAUCAUCAUUCCCGACAAUGGCCUUCACCCACGCAAACACCGGAUUGAGGAUGGUGGUGGGCGCAGGCAGCACCUCUCCCAAGCACACCAACCAACUCUUAGCUGACUAUGCUGUGAUCGACCCCAGAGUACUUACCCUGGGGAUUGCCCUCAGAUAUUGGGCAAAGCUCUGCCAGAUGGAUGACCAGUCACGUGGAACUCUCCCACCUCAUGUUUUCCCAUUGAUGGUUGUACAUUUUCUUCAGCAACACAACCCUCCAGUCUUGCCAGUUUUACAUAGCUUGCACCCAAAACCUGACGGGGAUGUUUAUUUACGUCCAUCAAAACUUGGUGAUAAAUGGCAGUGCCAAAACACCCAGAGUGUGGGUAGACUAUGGCUUGACAUGUUCCGUUUCUAUACCAUUGGCUUCAAGAUGACAGACCUUGUCAUCAAUGUGAGACAGUUGCAGCCCAUGCCCAGAGCAGAGAAAACAUGGAGCAAAAAAAUAACUGUGGAAGAUCCAUUUUUACAGAAGAGAAACCUCACACGGACUGUGAGUGGAAACCCUGUGUUUGAGUACAUCACGGACAGGUUUAAAACAACCUACAAAUACUUUGCCAUUCCUCAACUCACAUUUGGGCCUCUUUUUAACCACAUCAUUGUCAAGGAGGCCCAGAGUGUGAAUGGGUCCAAGGUGCCGAGUGGCCCUGGCCAGAAGAACAUAAAGGGCGAGUUACUCCUGGAGUCGAUAGAAAGAGCAGGUCAGUCCCUCAGUGAAGGAUCGUCAGAGUGUGAAAUGGAGAGGACAGAGGACGACAUGGACGUCACCAUAGAGGGCGAGGAUGAUGAGGACGACGAGGAUACAGGGGGUAACAAUUCAACCUAUGAGAUCGACCUCGGCAAUCUGACCGUUGAAGACACAGAGGAUGAACCUGUGAGUACAAUCAGCACUAAUGGAGUGGCUCCACAGGAGGAACCACCACUAAUCUUGGAGGAGGUUACAGCACCUGUGCCACUGGUGACGCCCACACAGGCCACUAAGCUCAUGGGUCAGGUCCAAGAUAGUCACAUGGCCAUCAGCUUCAGGUUCGAGGAAAAGGUCUUUACAAAUGGCCAGAAACCUCCACUGAUUUGUGGAUCAUGCCAGAAGGAAGGACAUUGCAAGGCAGACUGCCGGGAGGAUGAGCUUCCCCCUCUGGUGCGCCUGCCACCCAUGAACAACCACUUCCUUAACCAGCUCACAGCCAUCUUUGAGCAGCUGACGAAGGACUUUGAGCCCUCUGUUGAGGAAAUUGAAGAACGCGACCGGAUCGUUUCUGAUCUUGAGGCCUACAUCAAGCAGUUCUUCAGUGGUGUCCAGCUGAAGCUGUUUGGCUCGUCUGCCAAUGGCUUUGGUUUCCAGCGCUCUGACCUGGACAUCUGCCUCACUUUCAAGGGGAAUCCAGAGGGAAAGGACAUUGACCACAUCCAGAUAAUUGAAGCUUUGGCGGACAAGUUGAAGAGAUACCGCCAGUGUAACCACGUGUUUGCAAUCACAACAGCCAAAGUUCCCAUCGUGAAGUUUGCCAUUCGUCGUGCCUGCCUUGAGGGGGACCUGUCUCUCUAUAAUACUCUUGCAUUGCAAAAUACGAAGCUCUUAGCAACCUAUGCAAAUAUUGAUCAUAGGGUGAAGUGCCUUGGAUAUGCAAUGAAGUAUUUUGCUAAGUUGUGUGACAUUGGUGAUGCUUCAAGGGGAUCCUUGUCCUCCUACGCGUACAUCCUGAUGGUGCUUCACUUCCUCCAGCAGGUCAAGCCUCCUGUCAUCCCAGUGUUGCAGGAACUUUAUGACCACUCAAAGGCAGCGCCAGAAUACAUGAUUGAUGGGUGGAAUGCCUGGUUCUUUAGAGAAGCUAAAGGGAAGACCUUGGCCCAACACUGGAAAGAUUAUGGGAAGAACCGUGACUCAGUGGGGCAGCUGUGGGUCUCAAUGCUGCAAUAUUACACAGACACAUUUAACUGGAAGGAGCAUGUGGUGACGAUCCGACAGUAUGCUCCUUUGACCCGCUUACAAAAACUGUGGAAUUCGAGGUGCAUUGCCAUUGAGGACCCCUUUGACCUCAGUCACAACCUGGGGGCAGGCUUAUCUAGGAAGAUGAACACAUUCAUCAUGAAAGCACUUAUUAGAGGGAGAGAGAUAUUUGGCACUCCUAUUUCUGCAACUCCCCCAGGCUACAGAGACCUUGUUGACUACCUCUUUGAUGCCAAGCACUUCACAGACGGUGCCCCGCCCAAUGACCGCGGUUGUCGCUUCUGUGGCAAGAUUGGGCAUGUGCAGAAGGACUGCCCUAAGAAGAAGCUCACGAUGGAGCGGAGGGAGAAGAAGGAGCGGCAGAAGGGACGGAGGGAGAUGCGCAAGGUGGUCGAGGAGAAGCCAGAGACGCCCGAGUUUCACCCAGCUGAGGAUGCCAAGGCGAUGCCCCAGAACACCCAGGAGGCGGCAAGAGGAACAGAGAAGAUGGAAGCAGGGGCUGGAAGAGGUGGAGGAGGGGGAGGAGGAGGAGGAGCAGGAGGAGCAGGAGGGACAGGAGGUGGAGGAGGAGGGGGACAAGGAGGAGGGGGAGGAGGCAAUCUCCACGUGGCUUCAAAGGCACUUGAAGAUGUCGCAACUGCCUAUCCAGCGAAGCAGACUUCUGCCUCCAAAGAGAACCUCCCACAUGCACCAGCCUGUAGCACAGCAAAAUCCACGUACAAUAGCAAACCCAAUGCGGCCGUGAGCAACGGCAGUUCAAAGUCUGUGAGUGGCAAAGAGUCUGGACCAGAGAGCUGCCGGCCGGUAGAGCCCAUGGGGAGCACUUCCAAGGCUGACACGAAAUCUGCUUCCACAACUCUGAGUAACUUGGUUAUGAGUGAGGCAGCCAUUAUUGGAGGGCCUGGGAACAAAUCUGGGAAUGGCAUGAUUCCCAACCUUGGGUCUGGGGAGUGGGCAAGUGGGAAGGGCCGGGGGGCCACACCAGAGGAGAAGUUCAGUGGCAUAGGAGCUCCACCUGGAUUCCACCACCUUGGCCAUAAGAGCCAAGGGCGCCCCAUCCUGGAACAGAUCAACCAAGGGCUGGGGGCACUUGGCAGCCAAGGCUCAGGGCAUGCUAACCCCAUGGCCAAGAGCCAGGGGCAGAAGGGAGGGGUUCCAGGAGGGCAGAAUCUCCCCCCAAACACCAUGCAACAGCACCAGCAUCAUGGUAAGAAUCAACCACAGCCUUCUCACCAGCAGGCACAACAGUCUCAGCAGCAACCACAAAAGCAGCAGCAGCCUCCACAGAAACAAGUACAACAGUCACAGCAGAAACAACAGCCAGGGCAACAGCAACCACAGCAGCAGCAGCAGAAUUACUGGGAGAAUUGGAUUAACAGUGCACCACCUCAGAGUGUCCAGGCAACUUCCAAGCAGGCUGGGCAGCAGAAACAGAGCCAGGGCAUCCCAGCACCUGCAGUGGCAUCUGCAACCUCCUCCCAUAGCCAGGCCACCACCUCCCAGUGCCAGCAGCCACAGCAGCAACAGUACUAUUAUAGCAUAAGUCCUGCUGCAUUAUUCCACAUGGCAAGUCAAGCAGCAGCAGGAGGGCAGGUGAGUGCGGUGUUGAUGCCCAAUACAAGUGAGAGCAGCACAAGCAGAACACCUGGCAUGUCUGUGUCCACAGCAACUUCGGCAGGCAAUGGAGGGACUCAGAACAGUGGGGGUAGUGCAGCCCCUCCACCAGGAUUCUCUGCUCCGCUUCCUGUUAAUUUCCAGAAUCAGCAGCAAGUUGAUGGCAUAACUUACAACAAAAUGAUGAUGGGCUCGCAUCUGUACAGAAGUCCAUCUCAGUCAGAGGGGCAGCCUGUGAUACCAAACUCUCAGUCAUACAUCACCCCUGUUGCUCAGUCCCUGAGUGCUCCUGUUGCUGGAGUGUAUGCAGUCCAACAGGGGUCAGGGGGUGGCCAGUUCACAAACAUGGCACCCCAGGUAGCCGCACACACUCCACAUGGUUUCAGCGAGUCAAACCUGAACCAACAGCAGGUCCCCUUUGACACACGACACUUUCUCUCACAGCAGGUGGCACAGGGUCUUCAUCAAGGCCUGCCUCAGGGAGUAUCACAGGGAGUUCCACAGGGGGUCCCUCAGGGGGUUCCCCAGGGAGUUCCCCAGGGGGUCCCUCAAGGUCUCCAGGGGGCUCCACCACCACCACCUCCGGGACUAGCCUCUUCUGUACCUCAAGGCCUUAGUCAGAAUGUGCCACAAGGCGUGCCUCAAGGAUUACAUCAGAACAUGUCAGGCGGAGUGCCACAGGUCAGCAUGGGCUCAGCACUCUCAGGAGGCAUGCAACCCAUGCCGAUGGGGCAUCACCUGCAGCAGCACCAUUACCCCCAACCUGGCUUUCCUCAGCAGGGCUAUCAGAUGACGAUGGCAGGACCUGGCAGUUACUAUUCGCCAGAGUUUGUGUUCAGUGAUCCAGCCUUGCAGACACCCUCCCCCAGUGGCCAGGGUCCCCAGCCCACCAUGCCUGCUGAAAUGAUGCCUGAGAUGGCUUUCCAGCGGCCUGAAGUGUAUGAUGCACAGAUGCAGACACUGCCCCAGUACUUGGCAUCCAACCUGUCGCAGCACCAGAACAUCAUUUCCCAGAUAUCCCAGCCACACCCUAGUCUCGGGCUGCCGCCACACCAUCCUGCUGCUCCCCCAGCCACAGUACCUGCCUCCGUUUACACCCCAGGCUCAGUUACACUAUACAUAGAAGGGGAUAGAGAUGGUAGCCAGAUCUUGCAUUAAGGAAUUUGUGCAUAUUUUGAAAAAGAAAUGACAGUCCUGUCAAUUUUGUAAAUUGACCUACUAUUUGUGUAACACUAUUUUUUUAAAAACUCUUCUUUCAGUGUUUUAGUACUUCUUGAUUUUGUAAAGAUUUGUAAUGGCACUUUACAGAAGUUUAUUUUAUGUGCAGGAAGACAUGUCAUACUGUUUGAUGGAUAGAUCUUUGGGGGGGUCAUUUUGUAGGAAAACAGGUAACAUUAAUGUAACUAGCAUUCAAGUGAUUUCUGAGUGGUGAAUAUCAAGUUCUUACAGUCCCCUCCAUUACCUUAUACAAUAACUUGUAUACAUAACUCAGGCUAAAUGUUGAUUUUUAUCAUUACACAUUUAUUUUCUGAGCAUUUUAAAAUUCUUAUUAUUGUAAACAUUUUAAUUUUGUGAAAGGAGGGAAAGACUUUCAUUGUAUGAGAAGAAACUUCAGAGUCUACAGUAUUUCUUUGUGCAAUAUGGUAUUUUUUUUAAAAGUUGAGACAUUUCCCCUCAGACGGGAAAGAGACAAAGUGGUUUUGUCAUUGUGAUUUUUAAAGAACUUCAAACCUCUGUUCAUCGAAAAUCAGUUUAGCACCCGGAUUUGAAUGUACUAUGUAAGUGCUAUUCUUUAAUUCAGCUUUAACUUUUUAAAAUAUACCUUGUUGAUAUUACAGAUACCGUGAAUAGGUUCUUAUUUUGCUACAUUUUAUUGGAUUUAGAUAAAACAAGAAAAAAAUGUAAAAAAAAAAAAAUAGCACUUCAAAAUAGAUUGUGAUGUGUCAAACAUUUUUAAAGAUAGACUAAUGUAGUGUUAUUUAUUUAUUUAUUUUUUAAUUUGAAACUGUUAUUUUUUAUAUUAAUAGAAAAAAGGGCAAACUUUACAUUUUCAAAUAAUUAGGAAGAAAAGCAUUAUACUAGUUAAAGCUUUGUAAAAAUGAGAUAAAAGUAUUAUUUUUCA